UCAGAGCCUUCUUAGGCGAACACUUCCCAGUGGCUUCUCAGGGGGCCCACUAGGCCGGAGGGAGAGAAGGAGACCCUUAAGCAGCCCGGACUGAGGGCGGGGGAAGGGCCGCGUGUGCUUAUGUGAACGUGAGUUCGAGUUUUUGUGUGUAGGAACGAGCGCCCGGCCAGGACAGGGGGAGGAGGGGCCUGGGCCCGGGGCCUGGGAGGGGCGGGUCUGAAGGGCGGGACCAACGGUGAUCACGCCCCUGUCGCCCUUGCGUUUGGCUCGUGCUUGAACAGCCGUCCCGCCCAGGCCCCGCCCCUCCCCGCCUCCGGCAUCGGCCUCCCCUCAGUCUUCGCCAGCCACCCGGACUCGGAGGCGCGAUGAGGAGCAGGAGCAACUCAGGGGUCCGACUGGAUGGCUACGCCCGCCUGGUGCAGCAGACCAUCCUGUGUCACCAGAAUCCUGUGACUGGCUUACUUCCAGCCAGCUGUGAUCAGAAAGAUGCUUGGGUCCGGGAUAACGUCUACAGCAUACUGGCCGUGUGGGGCCUGGGCUUGGCUUACCGCAAGAAUGCAGACCGUGAUGAGGACAAGGCCAAGGCCUAUGAAUUGGAGCAGAGUGUCGUGAAACUGAUGAGGGGGCUUCUGCACUGUAUGAUCAGACAGGUGGACAAAGUGGAGUCCUUCAAAUACAGUCAGAGCACCAAGGAUAGUCUCCAUGCCAAGUACAACACCAACACCUGUGCCACCGUGGUGGGAGAUGAUCAGUGGGGCCACUUGCAGUUGGAUGCCACCUCUGUUUUCCUGCUGUUCCUGGCCCAGAUGACGGCCUCAGGGCUCCACAUCAUCCACAGCCUGGACGAGGUCAAUUUCAUACAGAAUCUCGUGUUUUAUAUUGAAUCUGCUUAUAAAACAGCUGACUUUGGCAUAUGGGAACGUGGUGAUAAGACCAACCAAGGCAUCUCUGAGCUGAAUGCAAGUUCUGUUGGAAUGGCAAAGGCAGCCCUGGAAGCUUUGGAUGAGCUGGACCUGUUUGGUGUAAAGGGUGGUCCCCAGUCUGUAAUCCACGUUUUGUCAGAUGAGGUCCAGCACUGCCAGUCUAUCCUGCAUUCCAUGCUGCCCCGGGCUUCAAUGUCCAAAGAAGUAGAUGCCAGUGUCUUGUCAGUGAUUUCCUUCCCAGCAUUUGCUGUAGAGGACAGCCAAUUAGUGGAGAUCACAAAACAGGAAAUAAUCACUAAGCUUCAGGGUCGUUAUGGCUGUUGUCGCUUUCUCCGAGAUGGGUACAAAACUCCCAAAGAGGAUCCUAAUAGGCUGUACUAUGAGCCAGCUGAGCUGAAGCUCUUUGAGAAUAUUGAGUGUGAAUGGCCCUUGUUCUGGACCUACUUCAUCCUGGAUGGGGUCUUCAGUGGCAACAUGGAACAGGUCCAGGAGUACCGGGAAGCUCUCGAAGGGGUCCUCAUCAAGGGCAAGAAUGGAGUUCAUCUUCUGCCCGAACUCUACAGUGUCCCUCCUGAGAAGGUUGACGAAGAAUACCAGCACCCUCACACUGUGGACCGAGUCCCCAUGGGCAAGCUGCCUCACAUGUGGGGCCAGUCUCUGUACAUCCUGGGAAACUUGAUGACAGAGGGAUUUUUAGCUCCUGGGGAAAUUGAUCCUCUCAAUCGUAGGUUUUCAACUGUCCCCAAGCCAGACGUUGUGGUUCAAGUGUCCAUUCUAGCUGAGACAGAAGAUAUCAAGGCCCUCCUGAAGGACAAUGGAAUUGAUGUGGAGACUAUUGCUGAAGUGUACCCCAUCAGAGUACAGCCAGCCCGGAUCCUCAGCCAUAUUUAUGCCAGUCUAGGCCGCAACAGUCGGAUGAAACUCAGUGGGAGACCGUACCGACACAUGGGGGUCCUAGGAACAUCAAAGCUCUAUGACAUUCGCAAAACCAUCUUUGCUUUCACACCACAGUUCAUCGAUCAGCAACAGUUCUACUUGGCUCUUGACAACAAGAUGAUAGUUGAGAUGCUGCGUACAGACCUUUCCUACCUGUGUAGCCGCUGGCGAAUGACAGGCCGCCCCACCAUCACCUUUCCCAUCUUACAUACCAUGCUUGAUGAAUCUGGAACCACCAUAAAUGCAUCUAUCCUGGCUGCACUCAGAAAAAUGCAAGAUGGAUAUUUUGGUGGGGCAAGGGUCCAAGCAGGUAAACUGUCUGAGUUCUUGACAACAUCCUGCUGUACACACCUGAGCUUCAUGGAUCCUGGCCAGGAGGGUAAGCCAUACAGUGGCGAUUAUGAUGACGAUGACGAUGAUUACGAUGAUGGAGAGCUGUGCUUGGACAACUGGCCAGAUGACUUAGACUCCCCCAAGCAUGUUCGAGGCAGUGAUGACGUGCUUCGGUACUUAGAUCACCUUUUGGAGCACACUGUUCCCAAGCCCACCCUGCCCACUACUGCCCAACAGGGAGGGCUCGAUCGCUUCCGAACGGCUGUGCAAACCACCCGUGACUUCAUGUCAUUGGUGACCAAGGCUAAGGAGCUGCAUGUGCAGAAUGCUCACAUGUAUCUUCCUACAAAGUUACUGCCAGCCUCCCGGACUUCCAUCAGCUUCCUGGACACAAUGCCUUUCUCUCCCCAAGCUGACCAGGUUCCUUCAGUCAAUGUGGAGAUGCACCUUCCCCGGGAUGAAUCUGGGGAGAUCGACUUCCAAGCCCUGGUGGGCCAGUUGCAUGAGUGUCCAAGCUUACAGAACCAAGCUGACAUCCUGUACCUUCUUUACACCACAAAGGGUCCUGAUUGGAACACUGCCGCUUCUAGUGAGGAGCCUGUGACAGUCUGGGAGCUCCUUGCUGCCCUGUACAGCAAAGCGGGAGAAGCUCACCACUGGAGCCUAAUCCGCUACAUCUCUGGCAUUCUUAAAAAGAAAGUGGAGGCACUGGAUGAGGCCUGCACUGAUCUACUGUCUCACCAGAAGAAUUUGACAGUGGGACUCCCUCCAGAGCCUCGUGAGAAGACCAUCUCUGUUCCUCUGCCGUAUGAAGAGCUCACCAAGCUGAUCGAUGAAGCCAGCGAGAAUGAUGUGAACAUCUCAGUUCUCACGCAGGAGAUCCUGGUGUACCUGGCCAUGUACAUGCGAACUCAACCCAGCCUUUUUGCGGAGAUGUUCCGCCUCCGGAUUGGCCUUAUCAUCCAGGUGAUGGCAACAGAGCUGGUGCAGUCACUUCGCUGCUCAGCUGAAGAAGCCACAGAGAGCCUGAUGAACCUCAGUCCUUCAGCUAUGAAGAAUCUCCUGCACCACAUUCUCAGUGGCAAAGAGUUUGGUGUGGAAAGAAGUGUGCGUCCUGCUGAUUCCAAUGUCAGCCCUGCUAUUUCCAUUCAUGAAGUCGGUGCUGCUGGGGCGACCAGAACUGAACGGGCAGGAAUCCUGCAGUUAAAAAGUGACAUAAAGCAGCCCAAUGGUGGCCAUCUACCGAGUACUGAGCUGAUGUCCCCGCCUUUUCUGUCACCUGGCCCUUCAUUAAGCCCAAGUGGAGGCUCCUUCAUGGGAGCCUAUGGAGAGCAGGCCGGGAAGGACACUCGCCAGGGUCAAUGGCAGCGCCGGCGCCGGCUCGAUGGAGCCCUGAACCGAGUCCCCAUUGGAUUUUAUCAGAAAGUGUGGAAGGUUCUGCAGAAGUGCCAUGGCCUGUCUGUGGAAGGCUUCGUUCUCCCUUCUUCAACAACCAGAGAGAUGACGCCAGGGGAGAUCAAGUUCUCUGUUCAUGUGGAGUCUGUCCUCAACCGCGUUCCUCAGCCAGAAUACCGCCAGCUCCUGGUUGAAGCCAUCCUUGUCUUGGCCAUGCUGGCCGAUAUUGAAAUUCAGAGCAUUGGCAGCAUCAUUGCUGUGGAGAAGGUCGUGCACAUUGCUAACGAGCUGUUCCUGCAGGAGCAGAAAGCCCUUGGGGCAGAUGAUGCCAUGCUGACAAAAGAUCCUUCCUCUGGCAUCUGCACCCUCCUGUACGACAGUGCACCCAGUGGCAGGUUUGGCACCAUGACCUACCUCUCCAAAGCUGCAGCUACCUACGUCCAAGAGUUUCUGCCUCACAGUGUCUGUGCUAUGCAGUGAGGAUGUGUCGGGGAGCCCCUACCAUGGACAGGCCGGUGGGCAGGCAGCCUGCCUUGCUGGGAGCUGGCCCAGAAUCAAGCACUCCUUCCCUCUCUUCCCUGUUGUCCUUAGUUUGGAAGGGGAGCAAAGUCACCUUCCACAGUAGUUGCUUGGGCAGAAGCAAACUUUCUCUAGAGGCUGAUGCUUCUGGAGGGAUGGCCCCCAAGUGUUCCUUGUGGAGUCUGUUCCUGACUCAUGUCUCCUGUUUUCAUCCUAAUGGAUUCCUCCUUUCCAGGGUUGCUGUGUUGUGGGGUGGGGUGGGGUCGGUGGGGGUGCUUUGACUGUUACUUUGAAAGCUUUGAAGAGGGCAGGGGUGGAAUCCAAGCCUUGUCUCCUAACUUCCUCCUGGUUUUCCUGGGUGACCCGUGCUGACCAGACAAAGAGCCAUCCAUCUUCCCACUCUUCCCUGGCUCCUUGUCCAUGCACACUUUCCUCACUCUUUUCAUGGGCAUUUCAAAGGAGUCUGGGGAGGCAACUGGUCCCCUUCACUAGCUUGCUUAUCCUGGACCCCACAGUGAUAGAUGAGUCAAGGGACAGACCUGGGCCUUCUUCCCAAAUGAGGGUUCUGGCCCUCUUUGAUCCACUUGGAGCAUGGGUGCAUGGAUGCCAGCUUACGGAAAGCUCUCCCUGUAUUUGUGUGUGCCUUUGGGAGGGCUCCAGCCCAGCAGGCUUUCUCACAGAGGCUGAAGUCCCCAGUCCCCUCCCUAACUGAUUUGACUCAGCUCAUCUAGGGAAGGGUUUUCCACUUUUCCCUCUGAUUGGAAGACCAAGACCUUAUCUCCCAGAGCUCCCAGCAGUCACUGCCUCUUCCCCUCCCUCUGCCAGCAAUCAGGCAGGACUUUGAAAGCACCUGAGAGCCAAGGUUCCUUCUCCAGAGAGAACCACCUUCGCCUGCAGCUCAGUAAGAAUCUUCUUAGCUCCAGAAGGACUCUCAGGCAAUGGCAGGGGAUCAGGUGCCAAGAAACCCUCCCUCUGCCCUCUUAGGAUCAAAGGGCAAUAGAUGGGUGGGCAGAUGGGGUUGCUCUGGAGGUGAGUUCUUGGGCAUUCUAGUUUGGAGCUCAAUGGGUGGGUACACAGCCUGGCAUCCCCCAGCACUAGGACUUCCCAGGUUUCCCCAUGCAGUGGCAGUUCACUGUCUGACUCCAAUAGCCACAGUCUGCCAGAAAGUGCACACAGAGGAUGCUUGUUGUUUGGAAAGUUGGCAAUAAAAGGAAAGUGUGUCCGGA